GGGUUUAAGGUUAGCGAGAGAGAGAGGCAGAUAGCUUUUUGUUCAUGAAAAUUGGAAAUUGCCGAAGGAAUUGGGAGCGAGUAUCUGUGUUGUGGCACGUACACGUUGUUCCAGAAAGAGAGAGAGAGAGAGAGAAUAUUUCAGAAGUGAGCAAAGUGGCCAUCUCUUACCGUGGGUGGCUUAGGCAUAUAUGGCAGCUCAAGCUCGGAGCUUUUUUUGAAUUUGAGAAAGCACUUAACUUGGGGUAACUCUCUCUCUCUCUCUCUCUCUAUCUGAGGAUACAAUUAUAACGCCUUUUCACACAAAGACCUUUUACUCGCCUUUUCAUUCUUUGGCUCUAAACCCUUGUUUGAACACUUUGAUCGAGAGCUUAGUGGAUUUCCUUUUCUUUUUCUACUUGUGAUUUGCUCUUUUGAACGGCUGAUAAAAAUGUUUCUUUAAUGGGUGUUGAGCCCCUGUGUCUUUCUGUGACAUCUUUUGUCUUGUAAUGCAGUUCUUCACGAGGUUGUGUCAGAAUCCUCCCUUUUCAAACAAACAAAAACUAUUCCCUCCCUCUUCCUCUCUCUCUCUCUCUCUCUCUCUCUCUCUCUAUGUUCUUUACUUUUCAAAAUGGAAAAAGAAAACGAAAUGAUUGUUUGAAGAAGAAAUCUUGAUUCCCAUUUUUUAAUGAUUUGCUCCACUCUGCUUCGUCUCUCUCUCCUCGCUCACUUCUCCUCUCGCAACUUGUCCAACGUUUCUCAAACUCUCAACCCUGUGCGACCCCAACCGUCUCUCUCUCUAUCUCUGUCGACCCUUUGAGUUCUUCUCUUUUCUUGCACCGACCCACAUUUCAAAAUCGUUCCUUUCCCCACGUUCCCUCCACUUCUCUUCUUCCCUCUGAAUUAUCUCAAGAACCGUUUCUUCUUCACAUGUUGUGAUUAUCUCGCCUGUUCUUGCUGCUUCGAGCUCGACCCAGUUCGGUUUCUUGCUUGAAGAGAAAAUGGGGAGAGCCGCGAGGUGGUUCAAGGGCUUGCUCGGGAUGAAGAGAGACAAGGACCAGAGCAACCACAGCACUUCGAGCUCGGUCUCCGGCGACGGCAAGAAGGACAAGAGGAGGUGGAGCAUCGGCCGGUCCGCCAGGGAUCCCGAUAAGGUCCCUGCGGCGGCGGACGCCAGCGUGACUGGCGCCGCCGGAGACGCCGCGUGGCUCAGGUCGUUCAUCGCGGAGUCGGAGAAGGAGCAGAACAAGCACGCGAUAGCCGUCGCGGCGGCGACCGCGGCGGCGGCCGACGCGGCGGUAGCGGCAGCGCAGGCGGCGGUGGCGGUGGUGAGGCUGACGAGCCAGGGCAGGGGAGCUCUGUUCGGGGGCGGGAGGGAGAAAUGGGCCUCCGUCAAGAUUCAGACCGUCUUUCGCGGCUACUUGGCCCGAAAAGCUCUGCGAGCAUUGAAGGGACUGGUGAAGUUACAGGCGCUUGUGAGAGGUUAUCUGGUGAGGAAGAGAGCCGCUGCAACUUUGCAUAGCAUGCAAGCUCUCAUAAGAGCUCAGGCUAAUGUGAGGUCUCAGCGAGCUCGCCGUUCCGUCAACAAAGAGAACCGGUCCCAUUUCGAAAACCGCCCUAGAAGAUCCAUUGAGAGAUUUGAGGAACCGAGGAGCGAAUUCCACAGCAAGAGGCUAUCCGCUUUGUACGAAUCUCUGGUAAAUCCCUUCGACGAGAGCCCGAAGAUCGUCGAGAUCGACACGUUCAAGCCGAGGUCUCGGUCACGCCGAAUGAACAGCGUGCUGACCGAAUAUGGAGAAGAUUUUGCCUACCAUGCUGUCUCGUCCCCACUCCCCUGUACUGGCCCUGCCCCGGCCCGGCUCUCGAUCCCCGAUUGCCGCCACAUGCAAGACUUUGAUUGGUGCAUCGUUGGGGAUGAGUGCAGGUUCUCGACAGCUCAGAGCACGCCCCGGUUAGCCAAUUCUCUGGGGUACUUCGUUCCGGCAACCCCCGCGAAGAGCGUGUGCGGGGACCACUUCUUCCGCCCCUAUUCCGGUGGAUUCCCCAACUAUAUGUCAAACACGCAGUCAUUCAAUGCCAAGUUGCGGUCCCAUAGCGCCCCGAAGCAGAGGCCUGAGCCGGGGUCUAAGAAGAGGCUCUCGCUAAACGAGAUCAUGGCGUCGAGAAACAGCAUGAGCGGUGUUAGGAUGCAGAGGUCUUGCUCUCACCUUCAAGAAGUUCUGAAUGGUUGAGAUUUGAAAACUUUCUUAUGCAUUGGCGAAGUUAGGAGUAGUCCGGUUUUUUAAGGUUGUUGAAUUGAAACAGAGCUUCUAUCUCAGCCUCAUGAGUUUGCCACUUGAUGUGAGACGAAAGCAUAGGAUGAGCCAGAGUGCUUGUGUAAAUUGUCCUUGACAGAGUUGUUUUCUUGUGUGAAAAAUGGCUGCUUACAGGUUGUUUUUUGUAAUGAAAAGUGCAUGGAAAAGAUAAA